AUGAGUUUAAAAGCCAAAACGAAAAAUCCAGCAAAUAUAUUUAGCCAUGAAACUCUGCUUCACAUAUUUGAGAGCCUUUCAUCUCGCGAUAUGGUUGCAUUAGAAAGAGUAUCCAAAAGUUGGAAAUCAAUUGCUCAAACCUCAUCUGUAUGGCACAAUCUUUUCCUUUCAGAGUUUGGGAAAAAUCGUAUUCGACGGAGGGCUAGAAUUAACAGAAUUCGUAAAAACUGGAAAAAUGAAUUCAAAAGUGAGAGUAAUUGGGAUUCUGGAACUUGUAAAAAAGAAGUUUUCUCUCUGUUUAAAAACAAAAAUACCGCUGAUACAGAUAAAUCAAAGUUAGAUAUCACCGUAAUCCACAAGGGACGCUUGUACACAUGCAGUACGACGACGUUAUAUGAGUGGUCUUUGCACGAUAACAAAAUGACAUGUUUGAGUGCGUUACCGUUUCCAGAGAAGUACAGGGUCGAUUCUCCGACUGCUAUGUGUGUGGAUGGUAACAAUUUCUAUAUAGCGUUGGAAUCUGGAGCGGUACUUCAAACAAAGCUUACUCAAGAUGGGUUCAAUAGCUUUAAUAGUGUUCUAUAUAUUGAUAACACAAUUAUAUCCCUUUCUGUGCGACACAAUCUGCUGUGUGGAUUGACAAAAGAUGAAUCGUUAUACAUUUUUAAGGUCAAAAACUUGUCGGCAGCUUGUUUUCAAUCACUUGGAAAAUUCUCUGUUUCGGGGGUUAAGGUUCCUAUUUCAAUUCAUAUAGAAAGUGAUCUUGCUUAUUCACAGAAAGUACCCAUCGUUCGACUUACAUACAGCGAAUACAUGAUUGCUCAUGGAUGGACCAUUGGAUCACAAGAGUUUUGGAUUUCGGAUUCAAAGAUUAUAAAAAAUCGAGUUGGACAACGUCAAUCUUCGGAUAUUGCUUUUUCUUCGCAACCCGCCUCAAGCAUCUACCAACAGGGUCCUUAUGUCUUAAGCUCUCACGCAGAUAAUACAUUAAUGCUACACUAUAUCUCUUCUAGCCUUGAUUCUACUCAUAUUCAGUGGGGAGUUCAGCUUCGAGGACAUGUUUGUGGUGUGGAAAAGUCUAAACUAUUCGAUUGCGGAAGAGUCGUAUCUGUUUCUAAAAAUUGUACUGAAAUUUGUUUAUGGGAUCUUCAAAACUAUAAAGAGGUGAAAAAAGCUACGCCGUUUAUGAUUGAGUCAAAACGAAUUUUUAGUCGAUAUAUUGAAGAUUAUGAACAAAACAAGACUCAAGUGCAGGACAUUGGGUUAUUUGACGAUACGGUAAUGAUUACACUUUCAGAUGGAAACGUUAUGGCAUUCCUUUUUCAUGCUUAG